CGUCAGCCGUGCACAUCGCCUCACUUUCUCUGGUGCACUCACACUGCUUUGCAUCCAACACACACACACACGUACACACACAUUGCUCUUUAAAACAGCUGCUAUUUAUUUAAGUGCAUGAUUAUCAGUUAACCUCAGUCGGGUCGAUGUAUAUAGACGCAUUCAAACGGAUCCUCUUUGAAAGGCUCAACUGCUUGAAGAGAAUGUGUGUGUGUCAGCGCCAGGGCAGCUCCUUCGCCAUGUCUAAGACGGCGGUGAAGAAGCUGCACUGGCGCUCCAAGGUGCAGGACAGCUUCGUGCCCCUGCUGGGCUCCUUGGGGGACCUGGGGGUCUCCGUCGGGGGAGGGGCGGACUAUGGAGAGUUCCCGUUCGUCACGUCGGCGCCCGGCGGAGGACUCACGGUGGGUGACAUCAUCCUGGAGAUCGGGGGCACGCCGGUGUUGGGGAUGACGUUAGGGGAUGUCCGUGGCGUUCUCAACUCCUGCCCACAUCCCAUCCGCAUCAAGACCGUGGCUCCAGGCUCCUCACUGUGCAAGGAUCUCAGGUUGUAUCUGAGCAAGUGUUUCACUCCCGGCUCGGUGGACAGCCAACUCCAGCAGGUCAUCCGAGAAAACCUCUACCUCCGAGCGGUUCCCUGUACCACCAGACAGCCCAGAGACGGGGAGAUCUCCGGGGUGGAUUACAACUUCGUCUCCAUCGAGGAGUUCUUCUCCCUGGAGGAGUCGGGAGCGCUGCUGGAGAGCGGGAAGUUUAAAGGGAAUUACUACGGCACCCCCCGGCCUGUGCACAUCAGCGCCGAGAGCACCCCCAUCACCUACCAGGAGCACCGCAACCUGCUCAGGAACUUCCGCACCCGCAGCAAGUCCCUCAGCAACCUGGAGAAGACCGUGGAGGACGGGGCGAACAGCGAGGACGACUCGGGACUCUCAGGAGGCUCUGCAGGUGUCAGCAGCAGCGUCCCCCCUCCCCAGCGAUACCCCAGCCGGCCCCGGGCCUCCAGCAGCGGGGGGGAGAGUCGAGGGCUGGAGAACGGGAUCAUCGGCAGGCGGCCCCGGCUCAGAGGAGUGACCCCCGAUCACUGGGAGCAGGCCUUCAGCGACCCCGGGGACUCGCACUACUCAGAUCGUCACACAAAGAGGACCAACUGGCAGAGCUCUCGAGCCCCGAGCAGGGAGAGCGUCUACACGAACGAAUGGUUCACGGACCAGCCCUUGGAGCUGCGAGGUUUCCCCGUGCAAGCUCUGCUCACAAAAGGCCCCCGAGGGUUUGGGUUUAACAUCGUGGGAGGCAGCAGGCCGAGGGAGUUCCUGCAGAUCUACAGCGUGACUUCCAGUGGACCCUCCGUGCUCAAGACAGCGGACAUCCUGGUGUACAUCAACGAUGUGUGUGUGCUGGGGGUGUCCCACAGGGAGGUGGUGGAGAUGCUGAAGGCGGUGCCGGCGGGGCACAGCGUGGACGUGGAGGUGAGCCGGGGCUACCCCAUGCUCUACAACCCCGACGGCUGCCCCAAGCAGCACCCCCCCAGGCUCCUGGACAGCCCCCCCCCUCCCACCACCACCCAGCCUCAGCCUCGCCUCACGACCCCCACCCCCCACCACCUGCACUUCAACUACAACCACAGCGAGGGCAGCUACACGGAGCCGGGGGGGGUCGCUCUGGACGCCAACGGGAACACCAUGUCCUUCUCCUCGGGACCCCCCCCUUCGUACAGGCGCUCCAGCAUGAGCAACGCCGCCUCCCCCCCGCCCACGCGCCCCCCCCGCUCCCUGAGGAGUCUGGCCCGGCUGCAGUCCUUCGACCCGACGCUCGCCAGCCAGAGCGACAGCGAGGUGGUGUCGGCCAUCGGGUCCCACAGGGCUUCGAUGGUCCGUAACCACAACAACAACUCUCUCUCCACCCCCCCCCCUCCGACCCGCUACACCUUCAAGUCUUCAGAGAGCGACCUGUCCUCAGUCACGGUGUCUGCCUCCCGCCUGCCGCUGCCUCUCUCCCCCCGGAGACCCUCGUCCUCGCCCCACAGCACUCCCCCCCACCUCUUCCGACAGCAGAGUUCCCACCUCAGACCCCCCGACACCCCCAACCACCAGUACCACCACCACCGGGGCAUCAACGGCUUCAGCUCGCUGCCCUCUCCUGGGGGGGCGAGUCUGGGCAGCAUGAGCGGGGGGGAGCUGGUGCCCGUGGUCCUGGCUCAGACUGGGGAGCAGGGGCUCGGCUUCAGCGUGAUGGCGGGGGGACCGGGGGGCCGGAUGAGCGUCGUGAGGAGGGUGUGGGACAGGAAGCAGUGCGGCUCCCUGCAGCCGGGGGACGCCAUCGUCAAGAUCAACGGAGCCGACGUCCAGAGCCUCAUCUUCUCACAGGUACAAACGAUUCUGCAGGAGCACACCAAACAGGCGGAGGAUCUGUUGGUUUACAGAGGAGGCAUCUACCACUCCUCCGUCUCCCCCGUCUCCCUACGAAGACUCCCCCCUCCUCUCCUCCACCCCCCUCCUCCCCCUGUAGGCUCUGACACCUCCUCCUUCCUCCCCGAUUCCCUCCCUGUUCCCCACACCUCCAUCAGCGCCCCCCCGUCCCCGGCGCCCCACCUGCGCUCCUCCCUGGUCCAGAGCACCAGCUUCCUGGAGUCCAUCCCGGUGACGCUGACCAUGGAGCCCCGGGACUGGAUCAACACGGGGCUGGAGGACGAGGCGGGGGCCGUCACGACGCAGGACCUCGGUCUGGAGAGGAGCGGGAAGACGAGGCCCCUCCGAGGGUUCGAUGUGGAGCUGAGGAGGAAUCCGGGGGAGGGCUUCGGGUUCGUCAUCGCCUCGCAGGACGUGGAGAAUGGAAAAGCCGCCUCCCUCCUCCCUCACCGGUUCGUGACGGUGCGUCGCGGCAGCCCGGCGGCGAAGAGCGGUCAGAUCCGCCCCGGGGAUCGUCUGGAGGCGGUGGAGGGUCGGUCCGUGGUGACGCUGCCUCACCGGGAGCUCGCUCAGAUCCUGCGGCGGGCGGGGAACAGUCUGCGGCUCACCAUUGUCCCCCGGCCCAGCACCUAUUCUUCAAGCCUUUCAGAAACCACCGAGUAUGACCCCGCGAACAGGAGCAAAAAGGGUCAAAGGUCGCGUCCAAAGCGUGACUCCAGGUAUUACAGCGUGGAUUUGGACCGCGGGCCCUCAGGAUUCGGCUUCAGCCUGCGGGGGGGCAGCGAGUACAACAUGGGGCUCUACGUCCUGGGACUGAUGGAGGGAGGGCCGGCGUCAAGGAGCCAGAAGAUGCAGGUGUCGAUCAGCCUGGUGGAGAUUAAUGGAGACAGUACCUCAGGGAUGACCCACAGUCAGGCGGUGGAGCAGAUCAGGAGAGGAGGACAUCGCAUCCACCUGAUCCUGAAGAGAGGCAAUGGAUACGUGCCCGACUACGGCCGUGAGCACAGGAUCGCCUCCCCCUCCUCCCUGCAUGACCCCGAGCAGCAGGGUCUGGCUGCAGUGAACUCCAGGCAGAAGAAGAAGCCGCGGAGCAAGUCUACGAGCGCUCUGGAGAAGGAGAAAGGUCGGAAAAGCAGCAGGAGGAGGAGACGCGACUCGGAGGAAGGAGGAAGAGGAGGAGGAGAGGUUCACAGAGUCCUGAAUCUGAGCCGAGGAGGAAAAAGAAAGAGUCUCGGAGUUUAACCAGAGACGCCCUCAGGGACCGUGAGGACAGCGAUGAAGGGAAGAAGAGGGAGCGAGGGAGGAGUAAAAGCAGACGGAGGAAGGGUAGAAGUGAGGAGAAGGUAGAGGUUGAGGAGCCUGAGGAGGAGGAAAAAGAGGAAGAAAAUGUGCAGGAAAAGAGAGAGGAGGGGGAAGAGGAGAGAGUGAGUUCAGAGGGAAACGAUGAUGUUUUCUUACCGAUUCCAAGUCCUGUCCAGAAGCUCCCCUCACCCAAAUACACCUGGGAGGAGAAGGAGGAGGCGAGCUGGUCUGCAGAGUACAGGGGGCUGAGGAGGGAGAAGGAGCAACAAGAGCAGGAGGGAAAAAGUAGAAACGUGGAAGAAGUAGAGGAAGAGGAGGAUGCUGGGCGUGGCGCAAUGCCGGAGAUGGAUCCGGUGUUCCGGAGGAAGGUGUUCUCCUUCCUCUCCUCCUCGCUGACCCUGGAUCAGCAGCCGGAGGACGAGGAGGAGACCGAGUCUGGAGGGAGUCUAUCGGACGCCGCUAGCAUCUCGGGCCUCUCUCUGGCCGUCGUGCAGCCCAGACCCUGGCUCACCCCCAGCCCGCAGAAAGGGGGGGAGUUUGGGAGGAGGAGGGGAGGAAAGAGGAGCUCCUUCUUUGACUUUUUUAACAGGAAGUAGAGCAUGGAGGAGCAGCUGGAGGAUACUCUCUUUGAUAAUCUACUGUCUGAUAUUCUUUGUGCCUUUUUGACAGAUGACCUCUGGCUAGUUUCACAUCCUGUAAAUAACAACAACAACAACAACAACAACAACAACAACAACGUAGAGAGGAAGGAAUCCUGGAACCCAACACAUGAGUCAGCCUUUUAUCACAUUUUGUUCCCACGUCUGGAAGUCUUGUUUUACGACAUAAAGUACGUCAGUAAAUACCCCAACAAGUUUCUGAAGGAGAUGACUAAACGCCCAAAAUUAGCUGCCAUUAGCUCAGCAUUGGUGGCAUGGAGUCAUGUGACCGUGCUGUUUCAAGGGAAAAAUACCAUUGGCUUCAUGGAGAUGCUGCCUUCAGGGUCGGCCUCUAAACAUACGUCAUCCCGGCAUCACUCAGUCUAUUAAAGCGACUAUACUUACAUUAAAAAAGUUGCUUAAUCAGGAUCACAUUUAAAAGGUUUUAGUGUCAUUUCAAGAUGUGAUUAUUUGUCUCAAAAAGUCUGGGAUAUAUCAGAAUAGGUAGACUCCUGGUGAUAAAAAUAGAUAACCAUUAUUUUGAGCGAUAGAAGCCGGGAUAUCUCUGCAGCUCCAUCAUUUAAAAAGGUAUUUUAACACAUAUUCAGCCUUUAAAUAGCAUUGGGCUUCAUGCAAUUUGAAUAGGGCACUGACUUUGAUGACCUUGUGCAGCCGUAGUGUGCGGGUGUAAUCAAAAGUUGGCAUUAAACACAGAUUCAAUAUGCAUCUCGGCUCCUAAAAACAUCACACAUUACUGGUUUUUUUAUUAUUAUUUCUCCUUCGUAACGUCUGCAGGUGUUUCCAGGACAACACUGUCUCCAUGCUGUUUCUGCAGAGUGAUCCUCCCCCUGCUGUACAAAGACUGCAAAGACAUUCACUUACCUCACGGAGAAACUGAGCAAUAAUAAUGCAAACUGUCCGAGACUAUCAGUCCACACUGCAGCAAGUCCGUCCGGGCUGAGAGGAGACUGGCUGCGGUCGAAUAGUCCCAAAAAAUGAUGAAUUAAGUCUGAAAAUGGCAUGAAGUCAAGGGUGUACUGGAGGAGAGUUUAUGAGGAUGGACAAACACGGUGCUAAGAGAUCAUACGGUGCACUUUCAUGAGCAUACUGAUGUUCUAUAUACAGCAAUGUCAGUCAUAACACAGACAAUUUGUUUUGUGACACAUAAGUAAAAGGCAGAAUUAUAUUUCUCUUGCACUUUUUGGUCUAACUUGCUUCCUUAAGAUGUAUUCUUUCAGACCAGUGUAAGAAAACAUGACAGAAAUCCACAUUUAGGAGUUUAUUUGGACCAUCUUUGUCUUUUUGUGGCUGCAGAUUUCUCCUGAAUUCGCCCAAUUAGCAUCACAUAAUGCCUCAUUUGCAUAUUUAAACAUAACAUUUCAGAAAACUUGUAAUACAAAAAAGAAUUGUGGUAAUGUCAUUGAUGAAGUGAGGAAGUUUCAUGGUGAUAUCUGCUUGUCAUUUUUUUUACCCUAUUCAUCAGUAGUGCAAAUGAAGGCCGUUUUUUCUCCUCUCAGCAGAAAUCUCCUCUUCAGUAGCUCUUACACACACCAGACCGUCCACUUUCCAUCCUCUCUAUAUCCUGAAGCUUCUCACACCAGUCACACACUCAUUUAUACACACUUUUAGUCAAAACAACAUGCAGAAAAUCACUUUUUUUGAACAGUUUGAAGACAUAUCUUAAAUCUCCCUCUGCAAAAACCGUAUUUUGAUCCUGGCUUCAUCCAGUGUGCUCAUUUCUGUCCUGGAAAUGGAUGCAAAUGGCACAUAUUCAAUAAGAUAAUGCCUCAUUUGCAUAUUCAAACUUGACAUUUCAGGUAAUUCCUGAACAGAAAAGACGAUUUGACCGCAGCCCGUGUGUUUGAACACCAUCCUCUUGUUUGUUUCAUGUGACCUCCAUUUCAUAUGAAUACCUAUUAGAUUGUGAAGAUGCAAAUCCCUUUUAUCUGCAGGUGUGAAAUCCAUAUUCUGUCAAUAUUUAUAGAGAAUUAUUGUAAAUAUAAUUGUUAUACGACAUGAUAAAUCUAUAUAUAAAUGCAGUAUAUCUAUAUAUUACAUACAACAGGUACCCGACAUGAUAUUUAUUAACGUGUGAAAUUAGGUGAAAUUGGUAUAUAGCUUUCGUGACGGCUCAAAGUAUAAACACAGUGUAUAUUAUAUAUAUAUAUAUCUAUAUAUAUUGUACCUGCCCUAUUUAUGAAUGAAUGUUUUGUAAUUUGCUGCUGGAAGUGAAUUAGGAUGCCAAAAGUGUGCAUUCAGCGUGCAUAUUUCACGUACUGUCGAUAUCGUUUUAAUGUGGGGUCAGAAUAAAGACACUCCUGGUUUUUUCAGAGAGUGCUGUGCCCGUCGUGCCACGUACAGUUGCCUUGGUAACAUAAACCACUUUAUCCUAACCGCUGAUUUUUAUUACUGUGAAAAUUCCUGCAGCGAGGGACGGAGAGCAGGUCGUUUUAUUCAUGCCAAACCCUCCAUCGUAAUAAUAAUAAUAAUAAUCUGAGCUCUCGCAACACCAUCGUUUUUCUGUUGUUGUUUUCGCCCUCCUCUGUUUUAAAGACUGUGAAAUGUUAUUUUUCUAUGAAAUCUUUUGAAAUACUCAGGUUGUUCAGAUACUUUGCUCUAGAUAAGCCAUUAGGAAGAAAAGCUACGACGUGACUUCACACCAUCAUCAUCAAAACACAAAAUCAUGUUAUUUAAAUGUUAUUUAUGGAAGCAUUAAAGGGGCCCUAUUAUGCUUU